CACCGCGAUGAGUAUUGAGACGGUUUCGUCGCUGCUGACACCAAGCAAAGUGUCAGUACAUGGCAAAGUGCCGGUGGAGCAUCUGGAUUAUGUUUACAUCCAGAACUGCUCGGACCUCCGCUAUUUGGAAACGAUCGUGGAUGUGUUGAGGUCUGGAGAGGAGGGUAUGUAUCCACACCUUACAGAGUUUUGCGAGAAGCGCAUUGAGAAGCUGAACCCUAAAAGCCGGGCUCUGCGUAAGAGGCAGGCUCCAGCCACGGCAGCCGAUUUCUCAUUUGAGGAGUGGAGCCAGAUCGCAGAGGAACUGAAGAGCUGGGAGACCGAGACUAAGAGGGCCGAGGCAGAACUGAGGGAAGUGUCUCCUUCGGAUUCCGUGGAAAACGUGCCCCCAGUCCGGGGCUCCAACUCCUUAAUUUCUCAGAAACAGAAUUCAGUUCCAAGUAGAACUGGAGCCAAGAGGAAGUCUGCUCUUCCUAGGGAUUACCGAGAAUGGGAUAAGUUUGACAUCGAAAAAGAAUGUGCAAAAACUGAUGGAAACGAUAAAGGGAAGGAUUUUCCAGUCAUCAUCAACCAGUGCCUUCCAAAAAUCAACCGGAAACUGGACACAGCAGGCCUGACUGAAAAAGAGAGGGCCGUCCUGGCAAGCAGGGAGAGAGAGAAAGGGAACGAGGCAUUCAAGGCUAACGACUAUGAAGAGGCUGUGGCGUAUUAUACGAGAAGUGUAUCAGCAAUGCCAACAGCAGCUGCCUACAACAACAGGGCCCAGGCUAAGAUCAAGCUUCAGCUAUGGCACAGUGCCCUCGGCGACUGUGAGAGAGUUUUGGAGCUGGAGCCAGGGAACGUGAAAGCUCUGCUACGUCGCGCAACUGUGCAGAAACAGCUGGGUAAUCUGAAGGUGGCUGCUGAUGACUUAGGCAACGUGCUGCGAGAGGAACCGGAGAAUGCUUCUGCGAAGAAAAUGAUUCAGGAAGUGGAAAAAAAGCUGCGUGAAUGUACACAGGAGAGUCAGAGUAAGGGCAGGAAGAUCCUCAUCGAGGAGGUGGAAGACGAGGAGCUGUGGGCUAAACCCGGCCCCUGCGUGAGUGGGGAGAGCACUGCGGCUCCUGCCGAGAGGGGAGACAUGGGGAACGCGCAGAAAAAGACGGCCGGCAGAGCGGAGGGGGCCCCCCAGGGUGAAGCUGACACACACGGGACACGUCGGAGGGGCAAAAGAGGCAGCUUGGAUCAGUGCAGGACGCAGGAAGCGCAGGAGAAGAAGCUCCCCAACGGAGCUCAGGCCUCCAGGAGCGGCACGGCGGAUCAGACCGGCCGACACAGCAGCUCUGCUGAUAAUGCCGCUGCCAGCGGAACCGGCAGCCGGCUCGACGCCCCCUGCGGGGCACUCCCCCCCCCUCUGGCCCGGCUUAAGAAUGAAGGGAACCAGCUCUUCAAAAAUGGACAGUUUGGAGAUGCACUUGAAAAAUACUCACAAGCCAUUGCUGGCUGCAUAGAUACAGGUAUCGACAGCCCUGAGGACCUCAGUAUUUUGUACUCGAACAGAGCGGCCUGCUACCUGAAAGAUGGGAACAGCGCAGACUGCAUCCAGGACUGCACCAGAGCUCUGGAGCUGCAGCCCUUCACCUUGAAGCCAAUGCUUCGUCGCGCCAUGGCCUACGAGUCGCUGGAACGCUACCACAAAGCCUACGUGGACUACAGGACCGUGCUGCAGAUCGACGUAGGGGUGCAGGCCGCCCACGAUAGCAUCCACAGGAUCACCAAGUUGUUGAUCGAGCAGGAUGGUCCUGACUGGCGGGAGAAGCUUCCAGACAUCCCUCUGGUACCGCUGUCGGCCCAGCAACACCGGCAAGAGGAGCCCCCCAGCGCAGAGCUUGCAGAGGCCCGAGCUGCCAGGGCAGCAGAGGAAGCUGCUAAGAGAGCAGAAAUGCGCUUUUCAGUCUUGAAGGAAGAGGGGAACAACUUCGUGAAGAAAGGGCAGUUUCAGAAGGCCCUGGAGAAGUACAGUGAAUGCGUCGCGCUAAAACCCGAAGAGUGUGCUAUUUACACCAACAGGGCCCUGUGCUACCUGAAACUGGAGCGCUUUGCAGAGGCCAGGCAGGACUGCGACUCCGCCCUGCAGCUUGAGCCCUCCAAUAAGAAAGCCUAUUACAGACGAGCGAUGGCCUACAAAGGCUUGGAGAACUACCUGGCAUGCAGUUCUGACCUGCAGGAGGUGCUCCGCCUGGACCCCAACGUGCAGGAAGCUGAGCGAGAGCUGCAGGAGGUGACGGCGCUGCUGAGACAGACAUUGGUGACCAACUCUCCGGACAAGCCUAGGAAGAACAUCACCAUCAGAGAGACCAAUGACAGUGACGAUGAGGCCGAUCCCUCAAACAGCAAGAGAAGACAAGAGGACUCUGAAGCAUCAGCUGAUGACCGCGUUGAGAGGGCGAGCCUUCUGCUGCAGCCCACCAAUGCUUACGAGUUCGGACAGGCCCUGAACGCAGCACAUUCCAGGGAUGACGUGAAGGCCUGUGCAGAGCUCCUACGCUGUAUCGAACCUGAGACUCUACCACUCUUUCUGAGUAAUAAGCUGGAUGGAGAGACUUUUCAUUUUAUCACACGGGCACUGGACGAGCACCUGCUGCAGGAGGACCCCGGCCUCGUUUACCAGCACCUGAGCCACCUACCUGCAGCAGACAGGUUCUCGGUGGUGCUGAUGCUUCUGGGCCAAAAUGAACGCCAGCAAAUAACUCACCUGUUUGACCAUCUGUCGGCUGUGGUGAGCAGGGAGUUCACGGUGAACGACGUACAGGACCUCACAACCAAAUACAUCUAAUGUCUUCCUGCUACCUCUCGCAUGCAUUUGAGAGGAAGAUCUAUGCAAACAAUACAGAUACACAGUGUAAAAAAAACCUGCAUUAUGUAUUGAAAAGAAUGAAAUUAAUUUAAAUCUCCUACGGUGAAAGAAAAGCUUUUUAUGAGGAUGGACUCUGCAUUAAAUUAAGGGUCAUAUUCCUAGUUUCUACACUCAUUUACUUUAGAGACAUUAAGACUUCGUAAACAGGCUUGGGUUGAGUUUUCCUUUUAGAAAGUCUAAAGUCUUAUGUUUUUACUAGAAGAUAAGACUUAGAUAAGAGUUAAAGAAUGGUUGUCUUAAAGGAAAAAGCAAUAUAUGGUAAUAUGUUAUAUAAGGCACUCAGGUUGAGACCAGGAAGGAACUGGGCAAAACAUGAACUAGUGGGAUCAGGAAUGAGCAAUGUGAUGGGGCAGCUUUUGGGACCAGUGGCACAGAGUAUUACAGUGGCAUGUAACACUGCAUUUGGGACCAUUUGUUUGGAUGUAGUGGUGCACAAGGGCUGUCACUGGAAGCAGGUCAGAAAGCAGUUGCCCACAGUGGGGGACAACGGUCUGCAAUGUGCUUCUGUUCCUGAAGCAAGACUGCGACACUUCACCAUGGCUUCAAUGCGCAUGCUUGCUUUUCCUUCUGCAGCCUAAGAUGCAUCUUUAAAAAUAAAGGGAGCUAACCUGUGUUACAAUACAGCUAAAAUGCAUAGGCUUAUGUGGCAAAGGUCAUGAAAGGAUUUGCAGGUGACUUUUACUCUGAUUGGGGAGUUUGAUUCUGAAAUGUGCAAGAUACUAAUUUAAAUUGGAACGGGGGAGGGUGAAGUGUGUCAUAGCAGUAUUAUUACUGAUAGCAUUACACUAUCGGUAUAUAUGCAUCCCUGGGGAAAAGCAGCAUCUCUGCUGGGCGUGUGCCUUUCAACUGGAAGUUCUCUUAUUCGACUCAGGUUUAGUUCCUGGCGUUAAAGGAUUUUAAAUGUAUGUACAGAUUUUAGAAUGUCCUAGAACAGUUAUUGUACAACUGUCAACCAUUGUAUGAAAUCCCACUCCACCCUCAGAAUGAAUGUAGUUUGCUAAAUUCAGGGUAAAGAUCUCCUGCAGAAAGAGCAAUAAAGCGGCAUGUCAUGUAAUGCAUUAUGAUCUGUACAAGAUGUAAAAAUUAUGAAGUUGCGAAACUUACAUUUGAGUGUCACCCCCCAUAUGAAUAAACUGGACUGACCA